AGCUUUGUGCGGACCGUGGGGGCACUGCAGGCAAUGCCAGCGCCCUGUUCCUCCAAGCCGAAGAACUUCACCCAGCCAAACUCCUCCUGGGGCUCAGAAAUGAUGCGGUUGUACGAGCAUUAUGACAGCCAGUGUGAGGUGGAGACAGAGGGAGGACAGAAACAGGAGGGGCCGUGGCAGAAAAUGCCAAUUUACCAAGACAUGCUCAAGGAAGCUUCAGGUGGACUGAUUCUUUGUGAAUUGUUCCAGUCAAAAGAAGGUAUUUUUACUCAGAAUGGCGGAGAGCAAGGGACAGCAUUCGAGUAUGUUCUGUUUGCUAACAUUAAGGAGCAGAAGUGUGUUUGCCUUUUCCAACCGGGGCACCGACUGGAGGGGACGCCAGGAUUUAUCCAUGGGGGGGCCGUAGCCACUAUGGUUGAUACUAUCACAGCUCUUCACUCCACUUUCUUCUAUGGACUUGCAGUGACAGCAAACCUCAACAUCAACUACCGCAGGCCUAUCCCAAUGGGAAGCACACUGCUGCUUGAAUCCUCUCUAGAUAAGAAGGAAGGCAAAAAAAUAUUUCUUUCAUGUAAAAUGACCAGCAGCGACGGCUCCAGAGUGCACACAGAAGCCACAGCUUUGUUCCUGUCAAUGAGUCUCAGUAAACGACUGAACGUGUGACACAAACACACCAGCCCAAUCUCUUACCCAAGCAAGCCGAGGCCGAGGUGUGGACAGACAGAGAGAGAGAGACAGAGAGACAGCGUGAAUUACCUUUAAAAUCAUUACAACAUCACUUCAUUUGUUGUUUUUUAUGUUUGUUUAUUUCGUUUCUGAACAUUAGUUAAGGUCAGGUUAUUAUUUUAGAUAUAUUAAGCAGAUGUUAUAUUCUGUGCUUUUAUUUUGAAAGCGUCUCGCCGAGACCUAGUAAACAUCCGGUGCUUCAGAUUUUACCGUCAGUGGGAAAAAUGUGUCUGCAAGACUAAGAUGCAUGUCUUCAAUGCUAAAUGUACCAAAGUUAAAUGAAACGCACUAGCACCUGGCUAAUAAGGGGACGCUAUAGACAGAGAUUGAUUGAUUGAUUGAUUGAUUGAUUGAUUGAUUGAUUGAUUGAUUGAUUGAUUGAUUGAUUGAUUGAUUGAUUGUGUACUUUUUUGGCCAGGUAAUUUAAGAGAUAAAUGAUCCAAAUAUAUAUAUUGUUGACAGCUUA